AUGACACAAAUGGCUCAGGAAGAAAUCGUCUCGAAUACCAAAACGGUAAUGCAGGGCUUGGAAGCCCUUCGUGUCGAACAUGUCACACUGAUGAAUAACCUUUCGGAGGGUAGCAAAACCGAUCCGGACAAGAUGGAAAUCGUAAAGAAGAAUAUGGAAAACAUUGAGCUCGGUCUAAGCGAAGCACAGGUCAUCGUGAUGCUGUUUGCUCAUCUUCAAAACAUUGAAGCCGAGAAGCAAAAACUACGCACGCAGGUGAAACGGCUGUGUCAGGAAAAUGUGUGGUUGCGUGACGAGCUAGCGAUCACGCAGCAAAAGUUGCAAACGUCCGAACAGAGCGUUGCGCAGCUGGAAGAAGAAAAGAAACAUCUAGAGUUUAUGGCUUCGGUGAAAAAGUACGACGAGAUACAGGAAAACGAAGACAAUUUGGAAAAAUCGCGCACAGACCCGGUAGUGGAGCUGUUCCCGGAAGAUGAAACAGAGGAGCGCAACAACAUGUCACCGACGCCGCCGAAUCAAUUUGCUAAUCAUGCAAAUGCAGGAUACGAGAUACCGGCCCGUUUGCGUACACUGCACAAUUUGGUUAUACAGUACGCGUCGCAAGGACGGUACGAGGUAGCUGUACCGCUGUGCAAACAGGCACUAGAAGAUCUGGAGAAAACCAGUGGGCACGAUCACCCCGAUGUAGCCACGAUGUUGAACAUCCUGGCGUUGGUAUACAGAGAUCAGAACAAAUAUAAGGAGGCAGCCAACCUGCUGAACGAUGCCCUUACCAUUCGUGAGAAAACUCUCGGUGAAAACCAUCCGGCCGUAGCUGCUACAUUGAACAAUUUGGCCGUUUUGUACGGUAAACGAGGCAAGUACAAGGAUGCGGAACCGCUGUGCAAACGGGCACUUGAGAUAAGAGAAAAUGUGCUCGGAAAAUCGCAUCCCGAUGUGGCCAAGCAGUUGAACAACUUGGCACUUCUUUGCCAAAAUCAGGCAAAAUACGAAGAGGUUGAAAUGUACUACAAGCGCGCGUUAGAAAUUUAUGAAAUGAAGCUAGGUGGAGACGAUCCGAACGUAGCUAAGACCCUCAACAAUCUUGCCAGCUGCUACCUGAAACAGGGCAAAUACAAGGAAGCAGAAAUGCUGUACAAGGAGGUGCUAACGAGAGCACACGAGCGGGAGUUUGGUGCAAUUAAUGGAGAAAACAAACCAAUCUGGCAGGUGGCCGAAGAGCGGGAGGAGAACAAACUGAAGAACCGGGAAAACACACCGUACGGUGAGUACGGUGGGUGGCAUAAGGCAGCCAAAGUUGACUCGCCCACCGUUACGACGACCCUGAAAAAUCUCGGUGCUCUGUAUAGAAGGCAGGGCAAGUACGAGGCGGCUGACACGCUGGAAGAUUGUGCUCUACGAAGCAAGAAAGAGGCAUUGGAUUUGGUGAAACAGUCGAAAGUGCUCGGUGUAGCGGACGAUAACAAACGCCAGAAGAGCGGCAACAGCAAAGAUGAUAAUGAUGAUCACAACAAACGUGUGCACAAAUAG